CAAACAGAUCGGGCGGCAAAGAUGGAGUCUUUUCCGAUCCAAACAUGUCGGCAUGAAGACCCAGAGCAGGAAUUUAGAGUUCGGCUGACAUCCAAGAGGAAAACCACCGAGCUGAUGAGCCGAUGCUGCGAGCUUUUACGGAGAGCUCUGGACGGACAGCCGGACAUUUCCGAGGACAGCCGAAGGGUUUUAGUGCAGGAGCUGCUGGCCAACUUUGAAGCUGCUGUGAGGCUCAACGUGUUGGUGGACGGACAGCCGUGGGACGAGGCUCCAGACCUGGAAGAUGAAGAGGCGUUGGAUCUGGAGAGCCUCCUGGACGACAGCAUCCUGGACACCGCCUGGAGGCGCCACUCCUACCCCAAACGGAUCCUUCCCCAUGUGGUUCACGCCCUGAAGGCCGAGCGGAAAGUCCUGGGUUUGUAUGAGACGUCAGUCCAGCCUGCAGAGCUGCUCAGAGAUCCAGAUCUAGAGAGCAUCAUGAGCGACGUGUCUGCUGCGGCUCCCGGCAUGGUGAGGCAGGCCAUCCAGGUGAUAAAGUCCAUCGACGCGCUGCAGCAGCAGGCGGCCGGACUCUGUGAGAUCCUCAACCUGAAGCCCAGCGCCGCAUCGCUGCAGAUCCACAGGGAGGUGCUGGGCUCCGCUGGCAUGCCGCCUGCAGGGGGCGCCACCAGGGGCCGGCAGCCCGUCCACAGAGCCGUGGAGGAGGAGGCGGCGGCGCAGGGCUACGAGGCCGACAGCAAGGGGGCGGAGCGCAGCGAGGAGGAGGAAGAGUAACGCUUCCUGGAAACCACGGAGAUCAGGAACUGUUCAGAUCAGGAACUGUUCAGAUCAGGAACUGUUCAGAUCAGGAACUGUUCAGAGAUCAGGAACUGUUCAGAUCAGGAACUGUUCAGAUCAGGAACUGUUCAGAGAUCAGGAACUGUUCAGAUCAGGAACUGUUCACAUCAGGAACUGUUCACAUCAGGAAUCCCAGUUUUGUUUGUUUUUUACGUUCUUCAUGUUUGUUUAUAAAAGUCAAAAAUAAAACUAUUUUCUGCGUCAUGG